AUGGCCAGCCCAGAACUGUCGCACUCCGGUUCUCAGCAUGAGGAAGUGAUCCCUGGCCCAUGGCGUCUUAGCUUCGCCGAUGAUCUUGAUGGCAGCACUAGCGUUCAUGAUAACAAUGUCGGAACUCUUGCGUGUGCAGAUCGUGCAGCUGAACUAGCCGCCUUGGAGUCCCCAGUUUGCGUUCGUUCAAGCGCCCUUGUAGCCCUGUCUCGUCUCCCACUACUAGCUGUUCUCGUGGGACAGAGUUGUCUGCACCCUGGCCACUCAUAG